UUUCGAACCAAGCAGGCCAUCAGUAAUUAUUCAAAUACAACUAAACAAAUAAUUUUGGUUUGAAGCGCAACACUACAUGGGCAUACCCAGGAAUCCAGCACCAAACCGAGCAUCUAGUAGUAGCGUAGGCAGUGGCUGUUAUGUGAGGCGCCUGCCUAGGCAGGCACACAAAUUUCAAAUUCGUAUCGAAGACUUAGUAAUAGCAAUAAACUCUCGACACGUCAAACUCCGAAAUAGAACACCUAAAUUAUUGCAAUAUAUAUAUAUAUAUAAAUAUUUAAAAUAUUUGUAAGCAAUUUGUUGUGUGCCUUGAGCUCAAAGUUCAACACGUGCGCGAAACUAUGGCCAGCCGAUUCUCUCGCCUGCUAAAACCCGGGGCUGUGAUGGGUCGAGAGCUGAAGGAGCACAUUGCCACGUACGAGGGACAUAGCAGAGAGAAGGGCGAACUGGAUAAUGAGAUACGUUUGCUGCGUAAGCAGCAGGACGAAACUGAAGACAAUCUUGCAGAAGCGCUCGCAGAGGACGAGUUUCAACGCAUAUUGCGGGGUCAACAGGAAUGUGCGCCCACAGACAAUGAGCUGGUAGAAAUAUUCAAGCGGCAUUUGGGUCGCAUCAUUGACAAGAUCGCUGCCAAAUAUCAGCGCAGCGUGUACCUAGAUGCAGAUAUGCGAAAGCUAAAAGCUGUCAUAGACAAAGGCAUUGCGGAGACGAAUAGUGAGGCUGGGGCUGCAGCGGCGACGUCCGUCUAACUGGACAGGUGAUAGAGCAUUAGCUUUCGAUAUCUACAAUAGACAAGAAGACUAUAGCUAAAAAUUGUAUCGCACAAAAAAACAAACAAAAUAUGUUAAGUAAAAUCCUCCCAGUACGUACACAGACAACCCUGCAAGGCCACAACAACAACUUGAAGUACCCCGAAGAGAAGAGGAAGGACAGAGAAUAGCGACCAGAAGUUCGAAAGCAAAAUGGAGGACUUCUGCGGCGAAAAAUGUGGCGAUGGGGGACAGAAGAGCGAAAUCAAAUUUGAAAUAUGGGCUAAAAGCAUCAAAACUACAAUUUACAGCAGACCUGACUGCUCUGUUAAUCCUACCACCUGUCCCUGAUGUUGGUAAAUAGCUGUUUUUUCAAAUUUGAUGACGUGUGUAAAUUAAAAAAAUUAUUUAAAUACAAAAUUCGAGUUUAACAUGUUGUAUAAACACAAA